UUGAAUUAUAUGGAACAGAGCCGUUUGUUUUCCCAGCUUUUCACAGUUUUCCCGGCGUAGAAAUGUGUUUCCUGCGUUUUCUGGCCCAGGCCCGCGGCGCCUUGGGGCGGCAUCUGGCGGAGGUGGAGGUUUCAGUGUCACCUGGCCGCAAAUUGCACCUGGUGAUGGGCAACGAGUCGUGCGACCUGGACUCGGCCGUAUCCGCCGUCACCCUGGCCUUCGUCUACGCCCAGCGCCACCGGGAGCACGACUAUGUGCCCAUACUGAACAUUCCUCGCCGGGAUUACCCCCUGAAAACGGAGGUGGGCCAUCUGUUUGGCCAGUGCGGCAUUGCCGAAGCGGCGCUGCUCUUCCGCGACGAUAUUCCCAGCGAGGUGGCCCAGGACGUGAGCGUUAUCCUGGUGGAUCACCAUGUCAGCCCGCUGGCCGCGAAUGUUUCGGAGAUUCUGGAUCACAGGCCGCUGGAGGACAGCAGUGCGUCCUUCAAGCAGCUUCCCGCUAGCUGUGUGCUGGACAUCGAUGCGGCCGUCGGAUCCUGCGCCACUCUGGUGGCCCAGCGCUACUUGGCCGAGGAGCAGCCCCGAUCCGCCGGCGUGGCCCAGUUGCUGCACGCCACCAUCGUGCUGGACACCAUUAACUUUGCCCCGGCGGCCAAGCGCUUUGGUCCCCGGGAUGUGGCCAUGGUGGAGCAGCUGGAGAGGGAGCUGUGCCGCCGGGAGGACCAGCGGAGCAGCCUCUUCGACGAGCUAGUGGCCGCCAGGGCGGACAUUAGUAGGCUUACGCUCACCGAGGUGCUGCGCAAGGACAUGAAAAUCCUGCAGACCGAUCGCCAGGUGGUUCCCCUGGCCGGAAUGCCCAUCCUGGUCAGGGAUUUCGUGGAGAAAUCGGGCGCCGAGAAGGCCGUACGCGAGUUCGGCGUGGAGAGCAACCUGCUCGUCAUCCUGGGCAUGUAUGUCUCACCUGCCGACGGCCAGGUUCAGCGAGACCUGGCCCUGAUCUCUCUCUCCGGCCAGAGUCAGUUUGUGGAGCGCGUGCGGCACGCACUAAUGGAGUCCCAGGACCCAAAGCUGGAGCUGCAAGCCCAUGCGGUGGACACCCGCUUUAUGGGCGGCUGCUUCCUGCGCCAGCACAACGUCCAGGCCACCCGAAAGCACAUCCUGCCCAUCGUGAAGCGAGCGCUGCUCGAAUGGGAGGCGGAGCAUGGCUGCGACUGCGAAGAGGUGUACUUCUUCAAGGAGAAACCGCAGCUGGGACUCUCGUAAAGGAGCUUAGACAAGACUUAGCUAGAAUUUUAGUGAAACCAUUUAUGUUACCAAAAAGGAGUAGCAAAUCUAUGAUAUUGUCGAAAUUCUUCAGUAUUCCUUGGCAACAUAGGGGCGAAAUUAGUUUCCCAGGGAGUAGUAUUCCACACAUUAAGUUUCCUCUAGUUUCCUAGUUGUUUAUGUGGAUUAAGCGAAUAUGUACAGGGCAUACAUGGGUAAAAAGAAAGCGGUUAUGAUAGAUAAAUAAAAAAAAAAGAGAACUACA